AUGGGGUCCAAGGCAAUACAAGGUAAUGCUUAUUGUGCCAUUAUACCUUUCUUUUUAGGGGCCACAGCAGCGCAUGAACUGAUCACUUAUGAGAAUGCUACAUCAGGCACCAUAGGUCAGUCUGUGCUCCUGCCCAUCUCCUAUAGGCUCGCCCGUCAGUUUGCCAGUUAUACCAUCCAAUGGGAGACAGGCAACUGGACCAUUCUGUACUACAGAGUAACAAACAGCACCACUGAUCCGCAAGGAUGUCCUACAUGGGAAAAUGGGAAGGCGACAAUAUUCCACAAGUACAAGGGCCGAGUUCAGUUCUUCGGGCUCAAUGGUUCCCUCAUUCUCUGGGACCUGCAGCUGAAUGAUACUGGCAGUUAUCGGGUCGUACUCACAAGUACUGGGAACAUCACUGAAAAGCAAAUCAGGGUGACAAUCACAGAGACUCCAAUAUCUUCAGACGCACAAAAGAUGCCCAACUUGGAAACCAUCAUUAUCCGCACUAUUCUCUGUUUCUGUGUUGUAUUUGUGUUGGUUUUUCUUAUCAUACGGUGUGAAUGCCAGCCUGCCAGCCAAAUGGACAGAUGCACAACUUGCCCAACACAGGGAUGGACACACACUAUUGUUUCAUUUGUUCAGACCUCCAGCCCAAGAGAGGAGAUAGACAGAGAGUGAUACUUUGGAGUAACCAAAUUGUGCACUAAGGCCUCCCAUGGGAAUCUCAGAACUGUAGGAUUAGCAAUAUCAAUAUAUAGUGAGUGUUGUGUAUGUAUUGGCCCAUGUUGUGCAAUAGAGAUAUUUUACAUUUGCUGUGUGUGUCAUCCAGAACAACUGGUUUACAUACAUUUAUAUAUCUUGAUAAAGGUCUGCAUGCCACAAUAAACUUUUUCCCACACUU